AUGGUGAUCGCGGUUAGGCUACUGCGUCUGGUAGCCUUUCCAUCUUUCUUGGCCCCUCUAAGUCGUGUCGCUGCUCUGGUGCUCCAUCAGGGCGGAAACGCACAGGAUGCCCCUGAUAAGCUUAAGCCCAUCGCUGUUGUGGUGCUUCAUCAGGACGGCCAAGUAGAUGAUGGCCCGGACUAUUUCGAGUCCGCCACCAGUAUAAGCCACGAUUAUGUCGAGCCCGCCACCGAUGAAGGCCCGGUAUACAUCGAGUUGGUGACCGAUAUUCGCCCGGACUAUGUCGAGUCCACCAUAGAUGAAGGCUCGGACUAUCGAGAGCCUAUCAUCAGUCCAAGCCUAGAUUAUACCGCACCUGCUCCUGGUAUAGCCUUGGAGAGGUGGAGGGAGUCGUCUCAUAAGGAGUCUUCUACACAUGUUGUAGAGCACUACAACGUUAUCCUCUUGGACUCGAUAAGACGUGGGAGUGGGCGCUCCCGAGCACGAGCACGAGAGCGAGUACGUGAACGUGGUCGAGGUCGAGGACGUGGCCAAGCACAGGAACAGGCACCACCGGCACCGGCAUUGAAAACACCCGCAGAUAUCACGAAGGGCUCCCCGAAAAAGGCAACUCCCUACGGUAGCAAGACCAUCCAACUUGCUUAUGCAGACCCGCCGACUGGACCUCCAGGCCCCCAAGGUGUCAAAGGCAAUCCGGGGGCGUCCGGACCGACCGGUCCCCAGGGACCUCAUGGACCGGUUGGUCCUCAAGGCCCGAAAGGAAGCACCGGUUCGCAGGGACUCAAAGGUGACCAGGGCACACAAGGACCCAAGGGAGACAUCGGGUUGCAAGGACAGGCUGGAGCUACAGGUCAGCAAGGCCCCAAGGGUGAAGCAGGCUCCCAAGGCCCGAAAGGUGAUACUGGAGCGCAGGGCCCCCAGGGAAGCAUAGGAACCCAAGGCAUCAAGGGCGAUACUGGCCAACAAGGGCCCCAGGGACCAAGAGGAGGCACUGGCGAAAAAGGAGAGGUUGGCCCUCCUGGAUCUCAAGGGCCUCAAGGGCUCCAGGGGCUUAAUGGUGUGAAGGGUGAUAUUGGCCCCCAAGGACCACAAGGAACCAAGGGCGACGCGGGACUUCAAGGCCCUAAAGGCGACACAGGCACUCAAGGCCCCAAAGGCGAGACGGGCUCCCAAGGCCUCAAAGGCGCCGUUGGAGCUCAAGGUCCAAAAGGUGAUACUGGUACCCAGGGCCCGAAAGGAGAUACCGGCGGUAUUGGUGGUGCAGGCCCGCAGGGGCCCCAGGGACUACAAGGAGAUAAAGGUGAUCCAGGCGUUGCAGGAACUCAAGGCCUUCAAGGACCACAGGGACUUAUUGGGCCAAAGGGUGACUCUGGCCUCCAAGGUAUCCAGGGAGCGACAGGCAGUGUGGGACCACAAGGCCUUAAAGGAGAAACUGGUUCCCAAGGUCCCAAAGGUGACGCUGGCUCCCAAGGCGCCCAAGGUCCACAAGGGCUGCCCGGGUCUCAAGGUCUGACUGGACCCAAGGGAGAUACUGGAGCUCAAGGUCUUUCGGGUCCUCAAGGUCUUCAAGGCUUAACAGGAGCAACGGGCGGAAAGGGUGAUACUGGCUCACAAGGCCUUCCGGGACUUAAAGGAGAUCCCGGCCCCCAAGGCCCGAAAGGUGACCUUGGGUUUGAGGGACCUCAAGGGCCCCAGGGACCAAUAGGGCUGAAAGGCGACACUGGUGGACAAGGCCCAAAAGGUGACAUUGGCUUUCAAGGUCCCCAAGGUCCUGAAGGGCCGCAAGGCGCCCAAGGUCUUCAAGGCAUUCAGGGGCUCCAAGGUCUUGAAGGAGAGAAGGGAGAGGCUGGCGCUCUCGGCCUUCAAGGGCCUCAAGGCCUUCCAGGAUCACCGGGAAUACAGGGGGAAAUUGGCGAGAAAGGUGACACCGGUUCACAGGGGCUUAAAGGUGACACUGGUGCUCAAGGCCCUCAAGGACUCCAAGGCCUGACUGGCCUGAAAGGAGAUGUUGGUUCUCAAGGCCCUCAAGGUUUAACCGGCUCUCAAGGUCCAGCCGGAAUAGCUGGCGACAAAGGCGAUACUGGGCUAACAGGCCCAAAGGGCGACACUGGGUUGCAAGGUAUACAAGGGCCUGCAGGCCCAAAAGGUGACAUCGGACCAGCUGGUAUCAAGGGAGAUCUUGGUGCACAGGGCCCCCAAGGCUUGACUGGCCUGAAAGGUGAUACCGGUGCUCAAGGCCCAACAGGCUUGACAGGUGAUACUGGCGCCCAGGGCCUUACUGGACUGAAAGGAGAUACCGGUUCGCAAGGCGUGAAGGGCGACACGGGCGAACAGGGUCUUAUCGGCCCAACCGGCUCAGCAGGACCAAAGGGCGAUACCGGCUCGCAAGGCGCUCAAGGACCUAUUGGUUUACAAGGUCCUCAAGGCUUGGCUGGCCCUAAGGGCGAUACUGGCCUUCAAGGGGCCCAGGGUAUAGCAGGCGUAAAGGGUGAUACCGGCAUCCAGGGCCUCAAGGGUGAAACAGGCUCUCAGGGCCCGAAGGGUGAGACUGGCGCGCAAGGCCUCCAAGGCGUGGCUGGUGUAAAAGGUGACACUGGGGCUGCCGGUCCUAAAGGUGAUGCUGGCGCCCAAGGCAUCACGGGCGGCAACGGGCUGAAAGGAGAGAUUGGCCCUCAAGGAUCGAAGGGUGAGGCAGGUGAGAGGGGGAUUCAGGGUGUUGCAGGUGUGAAGGGCGAUACUGGAGCGACUGGUCCCAGGGGCGACACUGGUGCGACCGGACCGCAAGGCCUUGUAGGCCCAGCAGGUGAUACGGGGCCUCGGGGGCCUACUGGUCCAACAGGUGCUGUUGGAGCAACCGGCGCGACUGGUGCUCAAGGCUUGAGGGGAGAGAUCGGAGCUGCGGGUCCGGCAGGUCCGACUGGACCGACCGGACCGACCGGAGCAACGGGGGCAAUCGGCCCCGCAGGAGCUACUGGAGCAACUGGUCCUCAAGGUCUCAAGGGCGAGUCCUCCUCCUCCUAUGCGGCCACUUAUGACUACCUUGGAUGUUUCCCCUCCACAUUACUGAAUGGAAAAUGGGGAUUCGAAGGGACUGUUUGGACCCAAACCUUGACAGGAACAAUCGAUGACUGCGCGGCUUACUGCACCACUGUUCAAGGCACCGGUGCUCCCACCCAGUUCUUUUCACUGGGAACGGUUGGAGCGCUCGGGGUACUUGGAUACCAGUGUACGUGUGCAAACGCUUUCCCAAGCACCAGCACAUCCGAUGACAAGAGGAACACUUGCAAUAGUCCAUGUAAGGUAGGCACCGGUGGCCGCACUAUUUAUUGUGGUGCCGCGCUGGGCACCAUGGUGUCCGUCUUUGCGGCGGUAUAG